AUGGCGGGACCAGGACGACCAUCCAAGAAUCGUGAGAAGAGUCCGAGCACAACCCCCGUUCCGUCGACCGAACAGCAGAAUGAUGGCUCCAACAUCCCCGACGCCGAAUGGGCCGCCAUGUCCAAAGUCCUCAAUGCCAUCUACGACUAUCGCACCGAAGAUGGAUUCGACCCAUCCAAGUUGUUCCAGCGCAAGGUCAACAAGCGCGUUAUCCCGGAGUACUAUGACACAAUCAAAGAGCCCAUGGCUCUGUCCACCAUAAAGCAGAAGAUCCAUCAGAAGCAGUACCAGAACUUUGCGGAGUACGUGCGCGACUUCGCCCUGAUACCACAUAAUGCGCAGGUUUUCAACGUGCCGGAGAGUGGCGCUUUUCAGGAUGCGCUGGUCAUCAAGGAGCAGUUGGAGAAGCAGCUGCAGUUGCUUGUUAAGGACGGCGUCAUCACCCAAGAAGUCGCAACACUUCCAGACCUCGGCGAGAUUCCCAACUACGAGCCUGCGCCGGUCGAAGAAGGAGAUGGCGACGGCGACGAAGAAGAAGAGUCGGACGAGGAAGGCGAAGAGGACGAGGAUGAUGACGGAGAAGAGGAUGAGGAGGGGAGGAAGAAAAAGAGGCGCGGCCCUAGGAGUGGAACAUCAAUAGCCAAGCGGGAGGCUGCUGAAGAUCAGGAGGGCGGAAAGCGAUCGCGAGGGCGUCCGCCUAAGCUGUUGACGCCAAUGGAAGCACGCAUUCAGGCCAUCCUCAAGGGCAUUCGCAAACCCAGGAACAACCGCAGCACGCUUAUGAUCAAGCACUUUGACAGAUUACCGGACAAGGCGCAGAUGCCUGAGUAUUAUGUCGAAAUCAAGAACCCCAUGGCCUAUGACCAACUCAAGCGCAAGGUCAAGCGCAAGAAGUACAAGAUGUUGGACGAAUUCAUGGCGGAUGUCAACCUCAUGUUCAACAACGCCAAACAGUACAACACGGACGACUCGCAGAUCUACAAAGAUGCCGUGACACUGCAAACGGAGGCUAGCCGCCUGUACGAUGAGGAGAUAGCCAAGCCUGACGAGUCGUUUGCGGACGAUGAGGGCAAAAUGCCUAUGCCGAAUGGUAUCCUCCACAAUGGCGAACUCUACAAGGUUGGCGACUGGGUCCACAUCCAGAACCCGAAUGAUCUGACGAAACCUAUUCCGGCUCAAAUCUAUCGCACUUACAAGGCAGCCAACGGGCAAUCAAUGGUUAAUGUCUGCUGGUACUAUCGACCUGAGCAAACUGUCCAUCGCUUUGACAAGCACUUCUUCCCCAGCGAAGUUGUCAAGACUGGUCGAUAUAGGGACCACAACAUUGAGGAAGUUGAAGGCAAAUGCUUCAUCAUGUUCUACACCAGAUUCUUCAAAGGACGACCCAGAGGCUUACCGCAGGGCACAGAGAUUUACGUUUGCCAAUCGCGAUACAACGAACAGCUUGGUCAAUUCAACACUAUCAAGACCUGGGCCAGUUGCUUGCCUGAUGAGGUGCGAGACAAGGACUACGAGAUGGACCUCUACGACUACCCGCGCAAAAUGAAGAAGUUCCCGUCGCCUAUCAAAUACCUGCUCAAAGACGAGCAGAAAGAGACAGACGAGCUGCCACUUGCGACUUGGGGAGCUGAAGGAGCGCCACCAAAAGUCGGAGCAGUGCACAAGAGACCAAGGAACGAGAAAGACUCGCCACCACCAGAGCCGACUCCAGAGCCUCCGCCAAAGCUACCUACACCACCUCCACGACAAAUACCACCAACACCUCAAACCUACACACCCGCCGUGGCACAGGCACAGCCCAACAGACCACCGUCCACUGGCAUCGCGCCGAGCUAUCCAGGAUUAACACCGGCAGCGCGACCACAACAGUAUCAACAAUACCCCCAAUACGCCCCGAAUGCUGCUCCGUCUCCGGCCCAACGCCCACCGUCGGCCCAGGCACAAACUUAUCAACAGCCGUCGACUCCACAACAGUCACAAGCCGCUCCACCGAGACCGAUUGCACCUCCUCAAUCACAGUACAGCCAACCAGCUGUGCCACCCAAUCCGACAGCAUAUCCUCCACGGCCGACGACCGCCAACUACCGUGAGCCGCCCCCAGUUGAGGUCUACACGCUGCCAGAUGCCGCCAAUUUGUCGAUUCCACCAGAAGUACGUAAGCAGUAUCAGCGGGAUAGCUUUGACCGUGUGCUUUUCUUCACCACCCCUCCUGUCAGCGCCGACCAAGAUAGUCUCGCGCGUGGGCACAGCGUUCGCUAUCUUGCCGAGAAGGCGCGUCGAGCAGAUUUGCUCAGCAAGAAGCGCAAAGAGCGCGAGUCGCAGAAGGAGGACGAAGCACAGAUUUUCAAAAAGGCACGUGUUGAAGAAGCGCAGCGUUCGACGGGACAGAUUCAAGGGUUGAAACGCAAGGCCUUGGAUGUCCUUGACCACCAGCUGGCCUCGUCGGUCAAGGGAAAAUUAGGGAACCAGGAGCUUUCCAUAUUGAGUGCGGCACAAAAGACCGAGUUGAAGCGGAAUCUUCUUAUGGAAAAGAACAAAGACAAGAGAGACUCGAUGCGCAAGGUAUCUCUCGGCAGCGACUUUUUUGCAGACGACUGGGACUCUAGGCUGGUUCAGUAA